UGAUAGUGUAGAAUAGUUAGUCGGUAAAAUGUUUCAUAAUGUGCUGAGGUAUAGAAAUCAGAUAUUAAUAACUAUAUGUGGGUAUGUGGGUCAUCUGCUUUGUGGCUAUGGAAUCAGUUGGACGGCGCCGAUCAUUCCGAAAUUGGAGAACCCUGACGAAUCUCCAUUAUCAAGACCACUUUCCGACAUAGAAAUGUCUUUGCUGGCAUCUGUGUUAUAUAUUGCUGGGUUACCGGCUGUGCUGUCGAUGAGCUGGUUCUCCAAUUUCAAAGGCCGAAAAGCAAGUUACGUUCUCUCGGCAACUUUUUACAUCAUCGGUUUCGCCAUGUUGGGGUCAGCUACCAACUUCACGAUGAUGUUCAUUGCUAGAAUCAUCAACACAUUUGGUUUUAGCAUAGCGAAUAUGAUAAACACCAUUUAUAUUGGAGAAAUCGCAUCAAGCAACAUUCGAGGGAUCUUCCUGACUGGGCUUGGAGUAAUACAAACAUUGGGAUCCCUAAUAUUAUUCAGUGUCGGGCCUUUCGUUUCCUACAGUAUGGUAUCGUAUAUUGGUGUUGCUAUAUCUGCAGUAUAUUUCCUGGCAGUUCUCUGCAUACCUGAAUCUCCUGUAUAUCUUGCUUUGAAAGAUGAAGACAAAAAAUUAAGCCAAGUCCUCCAAAUACUUGGUAGGGAAUCCGAAAUAGAAAACAUAAUGGAACUAAAGAAUACUCAAGUCAAAACAAACGAUUUAGAAGACUGGAAAGAAUUGUUUACACUUAAAUGCAACAGAAAAGCAUUAUUUAUUACUGUAACUAUAAGCGUAUUGAACUAUUUAAGUGGUAUAUUAGUGGUUGUUUUUUUUUCGACAUCGAUUUUCAAAAUGGCGGAUUCAUCUGUCCCGCCAAGUUUAGCUACUAUUAUCAUUGGAUGUACUCAAUUGGUAGGGAGUGUUAUUGCUCCAUUAUGUGUGGAAAUAUCUGGAAGGCGAAUUUUGUUAUUGGUUUCAACUGGUGUUUGCUGUGUUAGUAUGGUCGUAUUUGGUUUCCAUUUCUUUUUGAUAUACAUAAACUCGCCCCUAGUGGAGCACAUUAAAUGGCUCCCCUUAGCCUCAUUAGUGAUCUUCUUCAUGAGUAAUAAUAUGGGCUUUGGUGUCAUACCCAGUACACUAACAGGGGAAUUAUUCAACUCCAAUGUUCGAAGCAAAGGCACGGCCACCGUAUUCGUGGUAUCUUGGAUCUCUGGCUUUAUCAUAACAACCAUUUUCAACACUCUGAUCUCAUCUGUUGGUGCUUAUGCUGUCUUCUGGUUCUUCUCUUUUACGUGCGGGUUGGCUUUUCUCUUCACUUUGUUCUUUAUACCAGAGACAAAGGGUAAAAGCUUGAUUGAAAUACAAGAAAUUCUGAGUAAAUGA